UUAAUAAUCUUAUGUUUACCAAAAAGCUAAAAAAUAAUAAAUAACAAAUUGGUUUGCGUAGAUAAGAUUGGUGGUUGAGUCAUUUCUGCCUGUUUUCUAUCUUCAAUUGUGCUUUCAGGUGUCGCCACAAUCAAUAAAUCCCUCCUCUUUUUCUUGACUUUUUGAGCGGUUUAAGAUUCCAAGUGCUUUCUUUGAGGUAUUUAAAUAAAUUUGGUAUAUUUCGUGUUUUGACUUUGUUAGAUCAUUUGAUUUGUCCGAUAGAUGGGGUCUGAAGGGCCUGCUCCACCAGUAGCAAUCCAUGUGACAGGAUUUAAAAAAUUUCAUGGAGUCGCGGAAAAUCCUACCGAGACAAUUGUUAAUAAACUUCAAGAUUACAUGAAGGAAAGGGGAUUUCCGAAAGGGCUGAUGCUUGGUAGUUGCACAAUUCUUGAAACUGCGGGACAAGGCGCUCUUGUUCCCUUAUACCAAACAUUGCAGUCUGCUGUGAUUACGGAUGGCACUGUGUCGACUUCUGGGAGAGUUAUUUGGGUGCAUUUUGGAGUUAAUAGUGGCGCGACAAGGUUUGCUAUAGAACAUCAGGCGGUCAAUGAAGCUACAUUCCGUUGCCCUGAUGAGAUGGGAUGGAAGCCUCAGAAAGUCCCCAUUGUUCCCUCAGAUGGUGGGAUUUCACGGAUACGAAAGACUUCCCUUCCCGUCGAGGAUAUUACCAAAGCAUUGGCAAAGAUGGGAUAUGAAGUGAUAACCUCGGAUGAUGCUGGCCGGUUUGUCUGCAACUAUGUAUAUUAUCGUUCCUUGCGAUUCGCAGAGCAGAAUGGAAUUAAAUCCCUAUUUGUACAUGUUCCCCUCUUCUCAACUGUAGGCGAGGAGACUCAAAUGCAGUUUGCUGCUUCCUUGUUGGACGUACUUGCAUCUUUAUGCUAGCUUUUCGAGUCUUAAACCAUCUACUUUUGAAGGAAUAUCUGUCCCUGUCGCGUAUGUGAAGAUGAAUUUGAAUAUUUAUGCAGUGGUUUAAUAAAUUGUGUUAACUGUAUGUGAAUCUUGAAAUGCACUACUGGCCAUCGAUCGGAGUUGAGGUUCCCUCGCUCCCUUUUUCAUCUUUAAUGAUUCUUUCUGUGCUUC